GGAAUCUGCGAGUUCCGCGCACGCCUCCGCGCGUCGGGUUCAGCGCAGUCUCCGGCAAGUGAUCGACAUGUCGUCCCCGCAGACCCCGGAGGAUGGGCAGGGCGGUGGCGACCCCCCCGGGGACCUUCGCAGCGUCCUGGUCACCAGCGUGCUCAACCUCGAGCCGCUGGACGAAGAUCUCUUCAGAGGAAGGCAUUACUGGAUACCCACAACCCAGCGGCUGUUUGGGGGUCAGAUCGUGGGGCAGGCCCUGGUGGCUGCAGCCAAGUCUGUGAGUGAAGACAUUCAAGUGCAUUCCCUGCACUGCUAUUUCGUUCGGGCAGGGGACCCGAAGGUGCCAGUUUUGUACCAGGUAGAGCGGACACGAACAGGGGCGAGCUUCUCAGUGCGCUCAGUGAAGGCCGUGCAGCAUGGCAGGCCCAUCUUCAUCUGCCAGGCCUCCUUCCAGAAGACCCAGCCCAGCCCCCUGCAGCACCAGUUCUCCAUGCCCUCGGUGCCCCCACCGGAAGAGCUGCUUGACUACGAGACCCUCAUUGACCAGUACUUAAGGGACCCUAACCUCCAAGAGAAGUACCGAGUGGGCCUGAACCGGAUUGCUGCCCAGGAUGUGCCCAUUGAGAUCAAGCUAAUAAACCCAUCCAGCCUGAGCCAGCUGCAGAACAUGGAGCCCAAACAGAUGUUCUGGGUGCGAGCCAAGGGCUAUAUUGGGGAGGGCGACAUCAAGAUGCACUGCUGCGUGGCUGCCUAUAUCUCAGACUAUGCCUUCCUGAGCACAGCGCUGCUGCCCCACCACUGUCAGCAUAAGGUGCACUUCAUGGUCUCUUUGGACCACUCCAUGUGGUUCCACGCCCCCUUCCGAGCUGACCACUGGAUGCUCUAUGAGUGUGAGAGCCCCUGGGCUGGUGGCUCCCGGGGGCUGGUCCGUGGGCAGCUGUGGCGUCGGGACGGGGUGCUGGCUGUAUCCUGUGCCCAGGAGGGCGUGAUCCGAGUGAAGCCCCCGGUCACAGAGAGCAGGCUGUAGCCAGAGGUACCAGCUUGGCCUGGGCUUCAAGGAUCUCCCUUCUUCCCCCACUCCUGAGGCUAGGCAGGAAUUACAGUUGAGGGCUGGGCUUUGUCCCUCACCCAAUAAAGAGGCUGCUACCACUGGA